ACAGCAGCUUGCUGUUACGUGCGUUAAAUUAACAUUCGGGGCUGAGUUGCUCCUUGAAAUUACAGAGGUGAAAUGAGAAAGAACUAUAAAAAUAUGUUUGAAAGCCAUGUUUUGUAUACAAUCCGAUAGGAAAAGAUGGGCUUCAUGCCCUAAGUGUAAGCGUGUCGCUAUCAAUUGAAAACCCGUUAUCACCAAAUCUGGUGAAUCUCUUGGAACUGAAGGAUUACGUGUUUCCUUAUGAAUUGGCUAAAUGUUCCUACUUCUUCCACUAAAUAAACUGUUUCACAGAGCUGAAAAAAACCUAGUUGUUCUUUACAAAUCAAACGUCAACAUUUUGGAAAUACAUGAUUUUCACAGGAGAGUAACACCUUCUGCCCUGCAGGACUUUUUGACAUAGAUACUGUGUCCACUCGUUAUCAUAAUAAAUGUUACUGUGUGUGUAUUUUUAAUAAGCAUUGGUGCCACGUAGGAUAAAAUCAUAAAAAAGGUAAUUCAGCAUGAAAUCAAAUUCCUUACAGAAUACAUUGCUUGAUGGCUCUUUCCGUUUAAUUCUAAAAGGACAAUUAAAGUUAGAUUAUUUAUUUUUUGGUUGUUAGAGUAAAUCUAAUUACUCUUCUCAGAUGACUGACCACUUACAGCUGUCAGAGCUCAUGACCCUAAUGAGUCAGGGGGAACAGAGAUAAGGACCAGGGGUCCUGGCACAUGAACUAUUGUGAGUGAAUGAGUUGCAUAGAGUUGAGUCUCUGACAGCUGCACAUACGAAGCGAAGCUAUGAAGAAGUCACAGUUAACCUUCGGAUUUCACACUUCAUAUUUGUGCCUGGAGUACUUUAGUUUUCUGUGUUGAUGAGGACACGACUCAGUCUCUUGAUUUCCUCUCUUACAGUCACCAGACCUGCUGAGAUGGGGUUGAGAUAACGCCACCAGAGGUUCCAACCUUGUGCCGAACUCCAGCCUCCCACCUUCACCCAGAAUGGCAGAUCCCACCGGGCUGAGCUCUGAAGGGGCCGGGUCGGGCACGGCCGAAGUCGACGCCUGUAGUUUGGAGAUAGAGAGGAAGUAUGAUGUCAUCCCUGCCGUCAUCUGCUCCAUGUGUUGCCUGUUUGGCAUCAUCUACUGCUUCUUUGGUUACCGCUGUUUCAAGGCGGUCAUGUUCCUGUCUGGUCUGAUGUUUGGCUCCGUCAUCAUUUUCUUGCUGUGUCACAAGGAGCAUGUGCUGGACACUCAGCUGAGCGUGGAGGCCAGUGCGGGUAUCGGCCUCGGCAUCGGCCUGCUGUGCGGUCUGGUCACUAUGCUGGUGCGAAGCGUCGGCCUCUUCAUGACUGGCCUGCCUGGGCUCCUCCUGGCGGUUUCCGCCCUACUGGUCACUCAGCAGUUCUAUACUCCCAUCUCAGUCUGGGUCCCACUGGGUUCACUUCUGGGAACGGGCAUGCUGUUUGCUGUGCUGACACUGCAGUGGCAAAAGCUCUUCACCAUGCUCUCCACGGCUGUGUUCGGGGCAGCUAUCAUGACAAUAUGUGCUGAUUACUUUGUGGAGAUGCUGGUUUUGGCCACGCAUGUGUAUGAAUGCUUGCGCCUCACACCCGGGCCACCGCUCUGCUGGUACAGCUGGGUCAUUCUGGGCAUCUGGCCCGCCCUCAGCCUCAUAGGAGUACUGGUCCAGUGGAAAUUGACGGAUGACAGCUUCUCACACACUGAUGUCGUUAUUAGUCGGAGACAGAAGAGAGUCCAGCUGAUGCGAAUUCGAGAGAAGGACGCCAAGAAGCGUCAGCAGGCAGGUGGGCAGGAAGGCACGUACCGACGUAAACCCACCCCAGUGAAACGUUACGCUGGGGAUCUACUGGCACCGAGCUACCUGCAAAGUCUGCGGGAAAGACAGAUGGGCACAGGUACUUCCCUUAGCAGCCUGGGCACCGCCAACCACACCAUGAUCGACUUGGACUACGACACCGGGUCCACCGCACCCCUUACAGCUACAACCCCCGUCGUCAGGGUCUGAGCAAAAGGGACUACGUAGAGCUCUCUGGUUCUCCAACUUUGUCCUCCUAACAUAGAGUAGAACCAACAAACUCAUACCCUCAGCUAAAAGGUGUAGUGUGCCUUUAAAUUGAUUUGUAAAAAAGAGGAUAAUAAUAAUAAUAAUCAUUUAUUUUAUAUAGCGCUUCUCUAGACACUCGAAGUCGCUUUUCAGUCCAGAGUCCAGUAGUCAUACACACACAGUCGUCCCGGUGGAUGGAUUGUUUGGUGAAAGAGAAUGCUGCUUUUUGGGGUAGAAGUGAGAGGUGUCACCUGUUUGGUGAACGCUAUAAUAUAACCACUACAACUUCUGUGUUUCUCAGAGAAACACUUAGAAACAGAUCCUAACAAAGUAAGGUCCUCAAUUGUUUUCAUGAUGUAUUUAAUACAUAAAUAGCAAGUACGAGCCUCAAAAACAGCUCUAUUGCUGUUACUGGUAGUGAAGUGAGAAAGAAAUGUGUUUUACAUUAUAUGUACUGUACUUAAAAAGUUAGUCAUUGCCAUGAAGUGUUGUUGUUACCUGUUUAACUGUGUGCUCAAAGGAUUUGUGAACGUUUUUCAUUCAAAUGACUAUUUGUUUAAAUGGAGUUUGGUUUGGUGAGAGAGUAAAAUAUGACAGAUUGAUACAUGUAUGACAAAGUGAAGCAAAACACAUAUAUAUAUAAUACUUUGUAUUUCCCAUCAGAAUAGAUUAGGUUAAGAACUUAAACUGUGGUGUAUGAUUGUGGAGUGAACUUUUUAUCAGUUAAUUUAUGUAUUGACCAAGUACAUGAUAGGGUUAAAAAAGGACAAAUAACAAAGCAUGUUUGUUGUUAUUUGUAGAUUUUUAAAGAAUUAUCCAUUGGGAUGUUUGAAUUUUGCAGGGACAGUGCACUUGUUACCUGAAUCUGUACAUAACUGUUGAUAGAAAUUGCAAAGAUAAAUAAAUGUGUUUCCUACAAAAUCA